AUGUCUUCUGUUGUUAUUUACGUUUUACUUCUUGUAUUACUUGCUUGGCUCUUGUGCAAGUCUCACAAUGACUCCACGGCUAUCAAUGUACCCACCGUGACCCUGGGUCAUUUUGUCCCUGAUUUCAUCAACCGUCUACUAUUCCUCGUCAAGGCUCGCGAUCUAAUUCAUGAAGGCUACAAAAAGUACAAGGAUGUCCCUUUCCGCGUCCGCAAAGUUGAUGCGGAUCUCAUUGUCCUCCCAGUCAAGUAUUUGGAUGAGAUUCGUCCUCUUCCUCAUACGAGGCUCAGCCUUUUGGAUGCGCAAUUUGGGAGCGUCUGCGGCGACUACACCAAUAUCUUGAAUGAUAGUUUCUUGCCCGCACAUACUGCUUCGAAAAAACUUACCCCGGCGAUUGGUCGAAUCAUACCCAAUAUGAUUGAUGAGCUCAAGCACGCCUUCGAAAUCGAGGUGCCCGAGUGCAAUGACAAAUGGGUCUCCGUCAAUCUCUACUACAUGAUCCUCAAGCUGAUCAACCGCUCCACUUCCCGUAUCAUCGUCGGCGAUGUCCUAUGCCGCAGCGAAGACUGGCUCAAAACCGUGGUCGACUACACCGAGAAACUGGGCAUGAUUCUAUUUCUUCUUCGUCCGUUGCCUCCUUUUCUUCGACCCUUGGUCGCCCCUCUCCUGCCCCCAGUCCGUUACUUGAGAAAGACCCUUGAACACGUCAUGAACGAUAUCUUUGUCCCUAUGAUCCUCGAGCGCCGCGAAAAAGAGGCCCAUGAUCCUACCUACCAGAAGCCCGACGACUUCAUGCAAUGGAUGAUGGAUACCGCAGAUAAUGAGUACGACAAGGAGCCUGCCAACAUUGCACAGGGACUUAUGAUUAUCAUGGCCCUGGCCGUUAUCCACACAUCCACCAUCACCAUCACGCAGAGUCUCUACGACCUCAUCAUCCGUCCUGAAUACGUUGAGCCCCUCCGUCACGAGAUCAUCGACACGCUCACGCACGGAUGGGCGAAUGCUACCAAGGCUGACUUUGCUAAGCAGAUCCGUCUCGACAGUUUCAUCCGCGAAUCUCAGCGCCUCAAUCCCACCAGCGAAGUCAACGUUCAGCGAAUCGCCAAAGAAACCCUCGUUUUCAAGGACGGCUUGGUGAUACCCAAGGGCACUUACAUUUGUUUCGCGGCUGGCCCCCUCUCCCGCGACCCAGAGCUUGUCGAAGAACCCGAGACCUUCGACGGCUUCCGCUGGUGCAAUGACAAACAAGACAAUAAGUACGGCCGCAACCACAGUCUCGUCACGCUGAGUAAGUUGAACCUCCACUUCGGAUACGGACGCCAGGCUUGCCCUGGGCGGUUCUUCGCGGACAAUGCCUCCAAGGCGAUUCUUAGCCGUCUUCUUGUUGAAUACGACAUCAAGUUUCCCGAGGGUAAGGAGGGGAAAAGGCCGUGGAACGUCCGCAAUGGAGAGCAGAUAUUUCCCAAUAUGUUCACCAAGGUGCUAAUCAGAAAGCGCCCUGUCAAUCUUUGA